AUGUCUACUCGCACCAUCAUGAGUAGGCCGGCUAAGUUCCGCGCUCUUUGCCGGACAUCGAACUCGCAGGCGAGCUCGGUCAGGAGGCUGGCGACCAUGGCCGACUACAAAGCUGCCCAAUACAGUCACCCCAUGGGCGCUAUGCCACCGGGCCACAAGGCCGUCGUCGGCAAUCUCCAGACAUUCGAGCUCCCUGAGACUCUCAGUGGCAGUGCAGCAGACAAGGCGCUUGGCAAGAGCAUGAUUGACGCCUGGAAGAGAGACGGUAUCCUCCAAAUCUCCAUGGACCCCAUCAACCGCAAGCUCGCCGAUGCGGCGUUCCUGUGCAGCAAGAAGUUCUUCGGCCUCGACUACAAGCAAAAAGCAGCUUGCUUGGAUGACCAGUCUUUCGCUGGCUACAUCGCUUCCGGAGAGGAGAUCACAGACAACAUCGCCGACUACAGCGAGAUCUUUACCGUCACCAAAGAGCUCGCACAGACUGAUUCCCGUGUCCAGCAGAAGUGGCCGUGCCACGGUCCCAACCCAUGGCCGUUCACUCAGAUGAAGACCAUCAUGCAAGCUUACAUGGACUACCUUGGCGAGAGCGGCGAGAAGAUGCUGUCACUCAUCGCAUGGGGUCUUGGAUUGGAGGACGGCAAUGCCCUAACCAGGUACACGCAAGAUGGCUGGCACCACAUGCGUGUUCUGCGCUUCCCCCAGACCGACAAGACCAACGGUAAGGGCAAGGCUGGUCGCGGUAUCGGCUCGCACACUGACUACGGUCUGCUUGUCAUCGCCGCCCAGGAUGCCGUGGGCGGCCUGUUCAUCCGCCCCCCGAUUGAGGGUGAGGAGUAUGCCAACUGGAAGACGACCGCAGCCGGCAAGCACGAGAACACUGAUGGUUGGGUCUACGUACCACCCACCCCCGACGUCUUCACCGUCUUCCCCGGCGAUAUGAUGCAAUACAUCACCAACUCCUUCCUCCCCUCAACACCCCACAAGGUCGGCCUCAACACCCGCGAGCGCUUCGCCUUCGCCUACUUCCACGAGCCCAACUUCUCCGCCGUCAUGAAGCCGCUUCCUGGCUUCGAGGCCGGCCAAGAGCCUACUGAGGGCAUCCACUACGGCAGCCACUUCACCAACAUGUUCAUGCGCAACUACCCGCAAAGAAUCACUGCCGACCGCAUGAAGGCUGAGAACAGGAUGGCCCUCUUGGACUCGCCUGACCUCCGCUGGAAGGAUACACCGGCUAUGGAUGAUGUAGUCCGCACUGUUCCUUACGAGGCCAUCACUGAGACUGAGGUCAAGUCGAUAAGUGAGAAGAAGACGGCUUCUCUCUAG